AUGGACCGCUAUUCGAAGAUUGAGAAAGUUGGCGAGGGUACAUACGGUGUGGUAUACAAGGCUCGCGACGUCACGAAUAACCAGGUAGUUGCCCUGAAGAAGAUCAGGCUCGAAGCGGAAGACGAGGGUGUUCCGAGCACAGCCAUCAGGGAAAUCAGCCUUCUGAAGGAGUUGAAGGACGAUCAUGUUGUAAGACUAUUGGACAUUGUUCACGCAGACCAGAAGUUGUACUUGGUGUUCGAAUUCCUCGAUGUGGACCUGAAACGAUACAUGGAGAAUGCCAAUAAGAUUGGGAAUCCCAUCAGCCCCGACAUUGUCAAGAAAUUUACUCAUCAACUGACGUCUGGCUUACUGUACUGCCAUUCACAUCGAAUACUCCAUCGUGAUCUCAAGCCCCAGAAUUUGCUGAUUGACAAGUAUGACAACCUCAAACUUGCCGACUUCGGUCUAGCUAGGGCAUUUGGCAUCCCGAUGAGAACUUACACGCACGAGGUUGUCACGUUGUGGUACCGUGCACCCGAAGUUCUACUAGGAUCUCGUCACUACUCGACCGCUAUCGACAUGUGGUCUGUGGGCUGCAUUUUCGCCGAGAUGGUCAUGAGAGGACACCCGCUCUUCCCAGGUGAUUCGGAGAUAGAUCAGAUCUUCAAAAUCUUCAGGGUUUUGGGCACUCCGAAUGAAGAUUCCUGGCCAGGGGUCGAACAGCUUCCGGACUACAAGCCAACAUUCCCUCACUGGUCUGCACAAGAUUUGGCUGACCAUGUGCCGACACUUGAUGACGACGGCAUGGACCUCUUGAAACUGAUGUUGACUUAUGAUACCGCCAAACGCAUUUCAGCGAAACGCACUCUCGUUCAUCCCUACUUCGCAGAUUUCAACACUUAA